GCUGGAUACACUGAAGUGAUAUUUAAAAGUCCUCUCCAGACUUCAGAAAGAAGGGACACCGUCUGCAACACAGCAUGAGUUUCAUGUACCAGCACCAACACAAUUGGGUAGGAAGUGUAAGAUUUUAGAUAUCCAACACACUCGUGAAAACUGUUUUCAAGUAACAGCAAGCUAUAUAGGUAGGCCAAUAUUAUGUAUUCAGGUAGGUCAAUAUUAGUAGCUGCUGCCCAUAUUUGGAGCUACAGAGAUUGUGUAAUUCAGAGGCUUUUGCAAAUGUCAUCUGAUAAACCGCCAUGAAAAAGAACAAAUCUAAACAAUUUUACACAUUAAUUUACAUAUGUGUAGUUUAUUUUGUUUUUUGAGCUAAAUUUUGUAAAUACAAAGUGUGUCAUGAAGCCCACAGCAUUAAAUGGAACUUCUGCAUAAUGAUGUGAGACUGUGCACUUAUGUGGAAGCAAGUCAUACUGAACUUGGUGGAGCUUACAUCUUGAGUAAACAUGCAUCCGAUCAGGCUGCCCAUCUCUAGAAACUAAACAGUACAAUCCUAAACAUGACUACUAAAAAAUACAUCGUAUUGAACUCGAUAGGGCAGGUAAAUGGGGUUGGGGUUGCAGUCUUAGUUAAUCUACGAAAUCGUUUUUAAUUACAAUGCACAGUGCAUUGUUUCUGGGAUUCAAGCACAAAAAUGUAUGUGAUUCCUAAGGCGUCACUUGCUUUCAAGGCUUCUAGAUAUUCACCUUCAGAUCCUCAACUUUCAACACAUGGUCUGCUUUCUCCACCUAACUUUCAGCUGCCUCCACUUCCUAAGACAGUCUAGGUGGGAAGGAGAAACUAGGUAAGAUGAUGAUGAUGAUAAUAAUAAUGAAUUAUUAAAUUUCUAUUUUGCCCUUCAUCCAAGGAUCAUAGAGAGGUUUACAAUCUAAAAAAGGCAAAAAUACAUAACAUAGCAACAAACAAAAACAAUACCCCCUCUAACAGUUUAAAAGACCAUAGAUUGGCUAAUUAGCCAAAGGCCUGAAAGAAGUAGUAUGUUUUUGCCUGGCACCUAAAGAUAUGUAAGAUAUGUAAUGAAGGUGCUUGGGGAGUGCAUUCCACAAGCAGGGAGCCACUGCAGAAAAGGUGUUCAGUGUGUGGAUGCCUUUUGUUGAAUAUGUACCGUUCAGGUUAUUAUAACUGUACAGGCAGCGACCAUUUUGCGCACGUCUGAUUGACACACAACCACCAACACUUGGGUCCUUUUAGACCCAGAAGAGGGCAGAACAAGGGAUGGAACAGUGCACGCUUAUGCAUGCUCCACUAAUGUGGGGGGGGCAGGAAUGGAACCCCCGUUGCUACCUAUAUUAUGUGUUUUACUUAUUCUGAAAUUAUAAUUGCUUUACUUGUUUUUGUAAUUGUAUAUUGUUGCAACCUGUCCUGGGACUUCAUGGCAAAGGGCAAGGAAUCUGAAAAAUAAAUAAGUAAAUACAGCAGCUUUCAUAUUACUGAAGAAAAGUUUUGCUUCUAUUAUAAAAGGGGACUUAUGGCUAGCCUCUGUUAACCUGGCACUUGAACAGUAAAGUUAUCAUCAAUUUAAUUAUAUGCAAAGUUCUGUAUAAGUAAAAGGAUGGGGGAGGGGGGCGACAAGCAAAUAAAGAUUUGGGGUUGAUGUUCGUGAAUUUUAAACAAUUAGCUUCAAAUCACAGAUAGCAUAUUUUAGAUUAAUGUACACUUUAUAAAGUCAAGAGGUUGGCAGCCUUCUUCAGCAACUUCCAUAAUCUCUGACCAUUGGUAAUGAGGACCAGGGCUGAUGAGAGCUGUGUCUCAUUUGAAAGGCCACAAAUUGGGGAAGGCCAACUUAAUGCUUCAGUAUUAUUAUUGCUGUGUCAGACAACAAUAAAUUCAAGUUAGCAGCUCAAUCCUGAAACUGCUUCACUUGUUUUAUGCAGUUUUAAUCCUGGGAAGGAUUACGGUGUAAGAAAGAGAUACAGUACUUCUAACUUUUCUUAUUUCACUGGCCACCGGCUGUAUUGUUUUUUGUUUUUGUUUUUUUUUUAUAAAUAACUCUUUAUUGGGUUUUAUAUAAAGGACCACAAUUAUAAAUAAAUAAACCAAAUAAACAGACCAAAACCAUCUUGUAUCAUCAUUUAUGGAUAACAAAAAUAGCAUAUCUCAGAUAUUUGGUUUGUGGUUAGUGGCCAAUAUAUAGGUUCCUGGUUUAUAAACUAAUUUAAACAAGAUAAAAGUAACAGUUAACAUUCAAUAUCACGUAGCCAACUGUCCAGUCAAAUAUCCUUGUGUUGUGUUAAAACUGAAUAAGGAUAAUAAUCAUUUUCUUUUUAGGUUACAAAUAAGGCAAAAUUGGGUACUGAUAUAUAACUGAACGUGAGAAUGGAAGUGAAAAUAUUGUUUAAAUAAACCAAAUUGAGCCAAAGGCUGGGGGCGGGAUUGUUCAUACAUACUAGCUGUAAUAAUAAAAUUUCAGGUCUUAUAUAAUAUAUAUGUUCAUAAAUGUACCAACCAAGCACAGAUCAGCACAGGAAGACCGACCUGAAACCAUUUUGACUCCCAAGCUGACCAAAUGUUUCUCUGCAAGGAGGAAGGAAGUGAAAAACCUUCCUUGUUACAGAAAUUGGGUAAUCACCAUUUCAAAGGAAUGGGCAGACUACCAGGAAAGGCAAUCAGAUAAGGCAUUAUCAGAUAACCUGACUGACAGGAAAAGCAACAACAUUCAAAUGUCUGUUGUAGACCACCUUUUCUGUGAUGUAGGUAUGAUGUUUGGGGGGGGGGUCUUGGGUUACACCUUCUGUGAUGUAUGUAUGAUGUAUGGAGGGGUGGUCUUGAGCUCCAGGGCAGGGAAUUAAAAAUGUCUGUUUUCUGUUAUUUUCUCCUACCAAGAGGGAACCCACGUAAGGACUCUAUACGGGCUCUUGGAUACCCCAUAAGGGGAAGAUUUUCUUUACAACAUAGCAUAUGUAAUAAAAUCAAACCACUGGCGUGAAGCCACCCUUCUUGAUCUGUCCACAUGUCAACCACAGCAUAUUUGUUAGUCUCUCAAGAAGCGCUACCUUCUAGACUGUCUUAUAUCGGUUAUCUACUGUUACACCAAAAAGAUCUUUCUAGUGUCGACUAUGUUACAUUGUGCAGACUGCAAUAAAUGGCUUUGUUGUGUAAACUCAGAUCAUUGCCUUAGCCCCUCCACAUGAAAAGAAGAAACAGGGUUAAACUACAAAAAGUCAAUCAUGCAAGUAUUAAUUUUUUCAGCCGGAAUCCUUCCCACCCCAGCCACAAUGUCUAAGGGAUAAUAUUAAAUGCUUGUUCUGUAAUGCUGAUGAAAAAAGCUGUUGAAGCAAUGGUAUUUGAAUAGCUAGAUCAAACUGGUUAGAGCAUGGGAAUUUCCAGAUGCCCAAGUAGGUUAAUUUUGUUCCUGUGAUACGACUAUAGAAACUCUGAUUACUUAAUCACAUUUUCUCCCUUCCAGGAACACAGGUUCUGCUCACAAGGCACAAAAUUCAGUUUGCACUUAUGUACGUUAAUGUCUAGUUUUCAAGUAUCCAAUUCUACAAGCCUAUGCAUACUUUCUAAGGAGUAAGUCCUAUUUACACAAAAAGACUUAUUUCUGAGAAAGAAUUCUUAGGAUUGCUCUGCCUGUCAUUCACCUUGAUUUUGAACAGGUUUACUUAGGAUCUGGAUCCCACGAGGUACUUUUUGAUAAUAUUUAAGAUUGUAGUCAGUAAAGGUAGAAACGGUAAAGCAUUUCAGCUUCUGGUUAAUUUAGUUCUCAUAAGCCCAUGCCUGGGUCAAGUUCUUAGUCAAUUUCUUUUCCAACAGGGAUUGUGGUAAACCUGCAUUACAGUUCCUUGAAAUGGGUUCUAUAUACGGUACUUUGAACUAUGAACUCCUGAUAUGCUGUAAGUAGCACCACAAAAUUCAUGUAAUGGGAAUCAAGGGACUGAAAUAGAACUCAGAAAUAUUGUUUUAAAAGAAAUAACAAGGAUGAUAUGACAGAAUUUACAACUAGCUUUUGAUAGUUGAGAUAAUGAACUAUAUGGUAAAAAGAGAACUUUUAUUUCAGUAACAACAGUCAAAAUUAAAGAGAGCAGAAUUUGAAUUAAUCUCCGACUGCUUUUCAACAGCUUGCAGAGCUCCUAGCAGCUAAACUCCUAUGAAAAAGAAUGAUAAAAAGCUGGAGUUCAGCUACUAAUUAACAGAAGCUGGAAGAAAAGACAAGAGGGGUUAAAUGGAUCACUAGUUGCUUGGCUGCCUCUUCUGAAACUUUUCGUUUUUUUCCACCAGCAAAGAACAGACCUUUAACCCAAAUAUUACUGUUUGCAAUGCAUCACCAUCUAACCAGAUAAGCAGUGAUGUUGUGAAUAGGUAAACACCAUGAGCCAGUUACAAUUGCUUUGACUAUGUUUGUGGAAGAAUAUCAGCAAUUCAAUGAGAGGGCAGCUCAGAAGGGCCAACCCUGUGUUGCACUAUGUUAUGCAUCCAUCAUGUGUUCAGAUUCUUAGUAACAUCUGAAUAGUCAAUGAUGUGUCAAAAAGAAAGGAUUGAGUAAUGAAUCAUGCAACACUUUCCAAGUGCCACGGUGACUAAGAUUACAAGCUUUCCACAGUGACGAACCCAAACUCUUCAACUAUGAAACGAAAAGAAAAAGAAAAAGACUAGCCAGGAGCCCUCAUGCUUGUCCUCCGUUCAUAUUUCUAUACUGGGGGUGUCCAACUUCCAAGAGAUUGUGAUCUACUCCCACUAUAAACAAACUGGCAGUAAUCUACCCAUUGGAUUGACUGGAGUUGUUGAGCUUUUUUGGGGG